CCUUCCGGGGCGCCUCAGGAUUUCGGGUUCUGCACCCUGGGCGGAUGCCCGAAGGCUCCGCCUUCCCAAGAGCCCCUGCGGCGGGGUGCGAAGAUGGCGGCGGCGGUGGCCCGGCAUCCCUAAAGCGGCAGCAAUGGAGCCUCCCCCGUCGCCGGGGCCGGAGCGGCUCUUUGAUUCGCACCGGCUCCCGGGUGACGGCUUCCUGCUUCUCGCGCUGCUGCUCUACGCUCCAGUCGGGUUCUGCCUCCUCGUUCUGCGCGUCUUUCUUGGGAUCCACGUCUUCCUGGUCAGCUGCGCGCUACCAGACGGCGUCCUUCGCAGGUUCGUGGUGCGGACCAUGUGUGCAGUGCUGGGGCUCGUGGCCCGGCAGGAGGACUCCGGACUCCGAGAUCACCGCGUCAGGGUCCUCAUUUCCAACCACGUGACACCUUUCGACCACAACAUAGUCAACCUGCUCACCAGCUGUAGCACCCCUCUACUCAAUAGUCCCCCCAGCUUUGUGUGCUGGUCUCGGGGCUUCAUGGAGAUGGAUGGGCGGGGGGAGUUGGUGGAGUCACUCAAGAGAUUCUGUGCUUCAACGAGGCUUCCCCCCACCCCUCUGCUGCUAUUCCCCGAGGAAGAGGCCACCAAUGGCCGGGAGGGGCUCCUGCGCUUCAGUUCCUGGCCAUUUUCUAUCCAGGAUGUGGUACAGCCUCUUACCCUGCGAGUCCAGAGACCCCUAGUUUCGGUGACGGUGUCAGAUGCCUCCUGGGUCUCAGAACUGCUGUGGUCACUUUUCGUCCCUUUCACGGUGUAUCAAGUAAGGUGGCUUCGUCCUGUUCAUCGACAGCUGGGGGAGGGGAGUGAGGAGUUCUCCUUCCGUGUACAACAGCUGGUGGCCAAAGAGUUGGGCCAGAGAGGGACACAGCUCACUCCAGCAGACAAAGCAGAGCACAUGAAGCGACAGAGACACCCCAGAUUGCGCCCCCAGUCAGCCCAGUCUUCUUUUCCUCCCUCCCCUGGCCCUUCUCCUGAUGUGCAGUUGGCAACUCUGGCUCAGAGAGUGAAGGAGGUUUUACCCCAUGUGCCACUGGGUGUCAUCCAGAGAGACCUGGCCAGGACUGGCUGUGUAGACUUGACUAUCACUAAUCUGCUUGAGGGAGCUGUAACUUUCAUGCCUGAAGACAUCACUGAGAGAACCCAGGCCCUUCCCACAGCCUCCACGCCCAAGUUCCCCAGCUCUGGCCCGGCGACCCCUCAGCCCACAGCCCUAACAUUUGCCAAGUCCUCCUGGGCCCGGCAGGAGAGUCUACAGGAGCGCAAGCAGGCGCUGUAUGAAUACGCAAGAAGGAGAUUCACAGAGAGGCAGGCCCAGGAGGCUGACUGAGUACAGGAUGGCACCCAGAGCCGCAGGACGGAGACUGGGGGCAGCCCUCACCCAACUCACAACAGGCCGGAUGGGUGGGUGGUAAAAAGGGAGGGAUGGGGCUCCCCCCAGUAUCACAUUAAAUUCAGGGUUUUCACUCAA